AUGACAUCUUCUGAGAUUGACUGGCCGGCGUUUUCUCGCCUGUUGACGGUCCAGGUCCCAACCUCGCUCUGGUCAUGGUGGACCGUGGUCGCUUUGCUUGCCUUGGCCAACUACAAAUCGCUCCCGGGAACAUGGACAGCUCGUACUCUGUACCAUUUCAACACAUCGUUCUCGCGUGGGGCCCGUCACACAGUUCCAUCGCCGACGUCGGAAAACCCAAAGCGAAGAGUGGCGAUUGUCCAAAAAGCCAGUCCUUCAGAUUCUAUUCAAGAGCACCACCCAUUGUUCCAAGCAGACAUUAUCUCAACCCACGUGUCGCUUUUCGAACUCGACUUCAACAUGCACAAGUCCAAUUCGACGUACUUUACGGACCUCGAUGUGGCUCGCAUCAAGUUGCUCGGACGCAUCAUUGCUCCCGCGUGGCCCAUGAACAACAUGCGGAUCGAAUACAAGGGGCGGGAUGGCAUUGCCAGGCGCGAAAGAGUUCGGGGGAGAGCGGCGCUUGUCCUCGGAGCAACAUAUACCUCAUUCAAGCGUGAGAUGGCCGCCUUCGCCUCAUACGAUGUCGAGUCACGCAUCCUUGGUUGGGACUCCCGUUGGCUCUUCGUCGGUUCGUGGUUCGUCAGCCGAAAAGGCAAGCCGAGGCAACUAUUUGCGUCGAGCUUGUCCAAGUAUAUCAUCAAAAAGGGUCGCAUCACCGUCAAGCCCGAGCAGUUCUUGUCUGAGGCGGGAUGGAUCACUUCGAGGAGGGAUGAAAUUGGUUCGGCGGAUGCGCAAAUGGCUUCGGGAAGCUGGACGUGGCAAGAGAUCGAGGAACAAAGAGUAAAGGGAAUGGCCGUGGUUGACACAUGGGGGGCCGCAGAUUUGCGGCUGGAGAAGAUGUAUUCGGAUGAAAAGGCCCAAUAG